GUUUAUAGUUAUCCAUUACCCGUCCGCGAAGAAGCUGCGAAAAAUGGCGUUCAGGUGCCCUUCUCCAUUUUCUUUCUUCCCGGUUGUCUCCAAACCCUAAGAUCGAUUGAAUUCGAUUUCGUUCGAUUUAAAUCGAUCCAAAAUUAGUUUGUUAAUCUUUCAAGUUUGGGUACUGAGCUGGAAGAGAGGGAAAGAUGGCAUCUUUAUCAUCUUCUUGGCUAAUUCGAGAUGGAAUUGUCUUUGGUAUUAUACAUGACACAGGAUUUGAUACGGUUAAAUCAAGAAACUGGCUAUUUAAGAGACCUUUCUUAGGUGUGUCUCAUUCAAGGACGAUACAGGUUCUUGUAAGACCAAACAGGACAUCUAGACUACCUCAUAUUAUAAAGUGUGCGAGAAAGGAUGGGAAAUUUGACCCAUCGUCAAUUGAACCCCCUCCAUACUCUAGUUACAUGGAUUCCACAUCUGGCCAGCUGGAACCUGCGUCUGGUGCCCGCUCAAGCAUACCUGGGAAGGAGUAUUGGCCUGAGGGCACCAUGAAUAGGGUGAGGGCUGCUCGCGCCCCUGAACCAGUAGGCGAGUCAGAAGGGAAGCCAUCAUAUGGCAAAAACCCAGGAAGCAGGAGGAAGAAGUAUAAAGAAAAAGCUGCCACUUCAGAAGCUGUGGAAACUAGCACAGAUAAAACUGAUGAAUUUCCUGUUCUGGAAACAUCCGAUGAUGCUUCUGAUGAACCUAGAGACCCAUUUGACGAAUAUGUGACUUAUCAGACAGAACCAGAAGUAGAGAAUCUUACCCCUUAUGAAUUGGACAAGAAAAUUGGUCGGCCACACCCCUUUGUUGAUCCCUCUAAAGUGAAGCCCAUUGAAGAACCUCGUUCAAGUGAAGAUUUAUGGUGGAAUUGGAGAAAACCUGACAAAGAGCAAUGGUCAAGGUGGCAAAGGCGGCGACCAGAUGUUGACACGGUGUUCGCAAAAGCAAUGGCAGAGACUGGGCAAAUUAUACUCUUUGGAGAUCAUCCAACACGAACUGAGACUGCUCUUGCAAGGGCAAGGAAACAAGUAUUAAAAGAGGAAAGGCUGGAAGCAGAACAGAGAAGACUGGAAGAAAUAGGGCCCAUUGCAUACUAUUCAGAGUGGGUUACAGCGUGGACUAGGGAUACUUCACGUGAAGCUGUGCAAAAGCACUAUGAAGAGACGGGUGAGGAUGAGAAUACUCAACUCAUCACGAUGUUCCAACAUCAAACUGCUGAAGAAUACCGCAUCAUGAUGGGCACUGAUGCUCGGAUUAAAAGAGAUCCUCUAGCAAUGCGUUUGCGUGAGGACCAAAUAAAAGAGAUAUGGGGUGGUGAUCCAGUUUACCCAACAAUUAAUUACAUCCAGGAUCCAGAUGAAGUUAUUGAUUAUAGGGGACCUGAUUUUCAUGAACCUACACCGAGCAUGCUAGCAUAUCUAAUGGAUCAAGGGAAAAUCAUUUCUAGAGAGGAGCUUGAGGAAAUUUUGGCCAAAGAAAGAAAACCAGAACUUGAGGUCACAGAUAUGGAUGAAGCAAUGGCAAGUGCAGUUGAUAUAGGACAAGAUGAUGAUGAAGAAGAUGGGGAGGAUGAAGAGGAAGAGGAUGAAGGAAAGAUCACUCGGAAUUGGAGUGUUCUGAAAAGUACACCUCCACUUCGAAAAGGAAAGGAAAAACCAAAGAAAGAUAGCCCAAUGACAUUGGAAGAGGCCAUAAACGAUUCAGAAAACUUGACUGAUUUUCUUAUGGACUUCAACGAAGAAUGAUUCCUUUAUGUAGUGCCCACUAGAAUUGCUGUCGAUCACUUCACAGGACUUCUUAUUCAUGUUAUCAUAAUUCAUCUUUAUCAGAAGGUAUUAAUCACAGCAAUUUGGGUUAAACUAAUUUUUGUAAAUUUGCCAUCCUCGUUGUUGACGAGGGAGGGGUAAACCUUGUUGGAUUUAUGUGAAAACUAAUUCAAAAUAAUUUUUUUUUUAA